CAACUCUCACAUAUAUGUCUUCUUCCACUAACCACUUCCCUUAUAAAUAAUCCUCUGACUUCACUCUUCAUCUUUAAUUUAGAUCAACACCAAUCACUAACCAACAUUUUUAUAAUGAAGAGACAGAGAAAAGAUAUGGAGGAAGAGGAAGGCACGGAUAAUGAUCACUCAUUGGCUGCUGCAGCGAUGGAGGUUGCGGUUGCCGCAGCGGCGGCUGCAGCCACGGAGGAGGAGGAGCAAUGUUGGGGCGGUGGAGUUGUGGAGGAGAUGUCGUGGAGCUCUGUGUGGUUGCCUUUUUGGGACGUUGAGUUCGUUGGAAGAAACUAUGGUGUCUUGUUCAAUGAUGUUGUUUGGGACGAUGAUAUUUGGAACAUCCAUAACUUAGCUCAUUCCUCAUAAUCAUAGUCCUUACUCCUUACCAAGGAUUCAAACUUUCGAAUUAAGGGAAACUGGAUUUUAACUUCUAAAUUGUGUGGACAGAGAUUGAGGUUCAGAAUCUGUGGGUUUGUGGUACUAUAUGAAAGUUUAUGGGGGUUUAUAGAUUGUUUUCAUAAUAUUAUGUGUUAUUUAUGAUAUUAGAAUAUAGUUCUCGACAAUAUGUAGGAAUAAAAUCAGUAGCCAAAUUUAAUAAAAAAACCUUCUCUAUUA